AUGAUUUGGCAAGAAAAAUGCAACACAAUUGUUAUGUUAACUGAAAUUAUGGAAAAUGGAAAGUUGAAAUGCUGUGUCUACUGGCCAAAACUGAAUGAAAUAGAAAAUCAUGGAAAAUUUCAAAUCCAAUGUGUUCAAGAGAAACAUUCCAUGGUCUAUAUUUACCGAAUUUUGGCAAUCAAGAAGUAUUCUGUGAAAGAAAAAAGAUUUGUACAUCAUUUUCAAUGCACCAUAUGGCCGGAUCAUGGUAUCCUAGAGGAACCAGCAUCUUUCAUUGAAUUCCGAAAUAAAGUACGAUUUUCACCAUCUUCCAAACCACCUUUUGUAGUCCACUGCAGUGCUGGUGAUGGAAGAACUGGGACUUAUAUUGCAUUAGAUAUUCUUUUUUUGGAACAAUUAUGGAAGAAACCAACCAUUGAUAUUGUUUCAUGUGUCAAUCAACUCUUUGUCAGCAAAGGGCAUUCAUGGUACAAAACAAAAGUCAAGAUUUUUGUUACUUCCAUUCCUGAGGAGUUUAAGAAACUGCAAACAAGCAAAGCAAAUGGGGAAAAAUCAAUACUUAAAAAGCAAUAUGAGGAAUUCAUAUUUCCACUGAAUCAAUCUCAUCCAACAGAAUCAUAUCAAGAGCUAAUACAUACAAAUGUUGAGAUAAAUAAUGUUUUUGAAGCCAGUUGCAAAAAUUUCCAUGAACCUAUAUUUGUUGAUGGUUUCUUCAUGAAGAAUGAAUUCAUGUUAACCCUUCAACCAUCCAAAAAAAAUGCAGACAUGUUUUGGAAGCUUAUUUAUGAGAAGAGGUACUCAAUCAUCGUCAUGCUUGAUGAUACACCUAAAUUUGCCUCAGUAUAUUGGCCACAAAAGAUAAACUGUACCGAAGUGUAUGGGUCCAUAAAAGUGGAGUUGAAAAAUACAACUGAAAGUAAAACAUUUUUUCAAAGAUAUUUUCAGGUUUCUUCAACUAAACAGGUGAUUAUUUGA